CAGCGCGACACCGCGCGGUGAAGAGCAGGGCGCUGCUGUAGCGUCCGGCGCGCUCGUUGCUCGUACACUGAGGUCCGGACUGCCUCCGUGGUAGUGUCUAGUGAUGGUCUCCUCGCUCCUUAACAAUCUUUUGAAAAAGAAGAUUGCAACAAACGUUAAAACCCUGUGAUGAAUAGUUUUGGUGUAUUUAGAUGAAAAUUUUGAAGGACUGGUAUGUCACGUCAGUUAUGCUUAUCACACUGGAUGACUGUCGCCGCGAUGCCUACACGGCAGAUGACUCCAUGGCAGCCCCAAGGAGCUUGGUGGACGACGCGGCUCAGUCCUGUGUUCCUCUCGUUGACUUGGUGAUGAGACUGCUCCUCUCCAAGCCUAUUGUAGCCAGAUAUAAUUAACUUUAGAUAAAAGAGAUAUCUGGGGGGGUAAUUGGAACAUUGUAGGAGGAGAAACAGUGUAAAUGAGGAGAGCGGAUACAUGGCCGAGACGCAGAGGCUUGUGGAAGCUUAGUGAGGACCCGGACACUGUGUCCGUCAUGGAGGGUGCGGGACACCCUUCCUAGUCACCAUGGACACCAGGGGUGGAGGAGGACCUCCAACUGGAGGAGGAGAUGGUGGUUGUGGAGGAAUAAGUCUGGGAGCUGGUAGUAUAGGUUCUGGAGGAAGUGGAGGAGGAGGAGCAGCAACGCCUCCUUCACCGUCAUCAUCAGGAGGAGGAGGAGGAGGAGGAAGAGUAAUUGUAAGACGAGCCAGCCUGGGCAGCCAGCCGGCCCAGGAGCGCUGGGUGUGCCCCAAUGACCGCCACCUGGCACUCAGAGCCAAACUGAAGAUGGGGUGGUCGACGAGCCAGCCGGCGCCCUUGACGCGCCAGGACUCCAUGACGGAGGCGGAGACUAAGAUGAUCCUGGAGGUGAUCAAGAGGGCCGAGCAGCUGGAACUGACAGAGCAGCAGAGAAUCGGGUAAGUUGGCUUCCUCCUCCUUGUAUCCCGACGAUUAUAUUUCCUCGCCCUAGGACCUGACCACGUGAUUUGGGAAAUGGAUGAUGGUUAUGGGUAAAUCACUACACUCGAUGGUAAACAUGUACCAGGGGGCAGAGAUGAGCGACCAUGCAUGUAACAGAGACCAGUUGAUGGCGGAACACUAGGCAGGUAGGUUAAAUAUGAGUCAAAUGGAGAAACUGGUUUGGUGUUCUAUGGUUAAUUCUGCAUCUCUACGAGGAAAUAUUACCCGAAAUUAACACGUAUUAUUUUUAUUCUGGCUCCGUUAUUGUCUAUAUAUCAGACAGGUCCAGCUGUGUGCUGGUGGGUCCAGCUGUGUGCUGGUGGGUCCAGCUGUGUGCUGG